CAGUAUUUUUAGUAUGCGAAGUGAUUUCCAUCAUGGAGAUCUCCACAUUUAAAUUUGUGUCUCUUUUAUUUUAUCUAUUUUUCAUGUAUUUUGUUGGUAGCAUAAUAUUUACUAAAGGGUUUUUACUUAAGCGAGAUGUAAUUCCUUUAAACAGUAGCUGUCGUGUUGACUUUGCAUCAUACUGGGACGGAAAAUCACACGGGGCAGAGGGAUGCUGGCUUCACCGACGUUUUGACAAAGCUGUAAUUAUUCUUAUUGAUGCCUUGAGAUUUGACUUUAUAGCCCCUACUAGCAAUGCCAAAGAAAAACCAUAUAUUAAUAAAAUGAAGACAGUACAUGAUCUUAUUCAGCAUAAGCCCAAGAAUGCGAGACUUUACAGAUUUACGGCUGACCCUCCUACUACAACUCUACAGAGGUUAAAGGGCUUAACUACUGGAAGUUUACCUACAUUUGUUGAUGCUGGAUCAAACUUUGCUAGUGUAGAAAUCACGGAAGACAAUUUUGUUGAUCAGUUGGUACGGUCAGGGAAAAAGAUAACAUUUCUUGGUGACGACACCUGGACAAAUUUAUUUCCAGGUCGAUUCCAUAGAGAAUACCCAUAUCCCUCUUUUAAUGUUAAGGAUCUUCAUACGGUUGAUAAUGGUGUAUUAGCGAACAUUUAUCAAGAGCUACGAUUAAAAGAUUGGGAUAUCACAAUUGGACAUUUUCUAGGUGUGGAUCAUUGUGGUCACAGGUAUGGCCCAAAUCAUCCUGUGAUGGCAGACAAGUUAACGCAGAUGGACGAGAUGGUGCGGAACGUGACACAGAGACUUGACAAAGACACGGUGUUGUUUGUUCUCGGUGAUCAUGGUAUGACUCAGUCAGGUGAUCAUGGUGGUGACAGUGAUGAGGAACUAGAUGCCGCGAUGUUUGUCUACAGUCCAUCACAGAUAACGGCCUCUAAAUAUGAACCAGGGAAGUUCCAGACUGUAUCCCAGAUUGACUUGGUACCAACCAUAUCUCUUUUGCUUGGUAUUCCAAUACCAUUCUCCAACCUUGGUACAGUUGUCACAGAUUUGAUGAAUCACUGCAGCUGGUCGAGGGACUCGCACAUUAAAGAGGUAUACCAUUCAGUGGAGGCAUUACGUGUAAAUGCUGUACAGAUCAGUCAAUAUAUCAACCAAUAUUUGAAAACAUCGUCUGAUCUUCCACCACACAAACUUCUUGUUCUUAACGAGCGUUUAAGAAACGCAGAAGUGCAGCUACAAACGUUAGUGACAAAUAUGUUUACAAAUAGUAACGAGGAAAAUGUUCAUGAGAAGUUGCACUAUUUAGAAAAGGAGUACAAAGAAUAUAUGCACGAGGUAAAGAAAUUGUGUAAAGAAGUGUGGGCCAAGUUCGAUAUGACAUCGAUCGUGUUAGGGCUAAUUAUUCUAGGCGUGACAUUGUUAGUGAAUAUUUAUUUGUUAUAUCUGGCGUCGAGUCUGUCUGAAGAUAGAGAUAACGGGACCAUGAUAAUUGUGAUUAUAUUGUCGUUAGUUUUUAUCGCAUUCUCAUUAGUUCAGUCGUUUUAUCUUAACGACGGUGCGGUGAACAUCAUGGCAUAUAUUCUUGGACUGUUUGAUUUCGUUGCUUUAGGGAUGAUUAUACUGAUUACCAGAAGUAAUCUACAGAGAUCGGAAAAGACACCAUCAGAUUCCUCAGUCUCGUUCUUGCUAAAAAUCGGUAAAGCCUUAAAGACAUCUAUAGACAAUAGUGUGAUUGGGAUAAUCAUACUUAUAACUUGUUUGAGUUACUUUUCUAACAGUUUUGUUGUUUUUGAAGACGACGUCUGCUUAUUUUUAACACAAACUUGUAUAUGGUUUUUCUAUUCUAAAGUGAUUUUGAAACUGUUGAAGGAAACUAAGUUUACCAAAGAUCAUUCAAAGACAAAAUCUAAGUCAUUAAAGCUGGACAUUAAAAGAUUUACUUCUCAGUCAGUGAUGUUAGUAACAAUACUCUCAAUUGCUUGCAGUUGGUGCGUAAGAUUCUCUGUUAAUUUUCGUACUAAACGUGAAGAGCAAAUGACUGAAGCUGAAGCAGCAGGGGAGACAACUGAUACAAAUAUUGAAGCAAAUAAGAAUGUGACAUAUUUUUUUAGUGUGGCUUGCCUUCUAGUCAGUAUUUAUCUUCCACGUAAAUGGCUUACAGAAAGUGGGAAUCUCAAUAGCGCAAGUUUUUCAACACUUUGUGCGCGAUAUUUAAUGCCAGUGGCAGCCGUUGCAACAGUCUUGUACUGGGCAAUGCAGCAUCUUCCAAACAAGAUCUUAGAUUCUUUGCCAGUUUGGCAGCAAGUGUUACUUCCACAAACAGUGUAUAUUUCUUUAAUGAUCUCAAUCGUUGCCAUAGUAAUGUUCCCUAUGCUGGUAUACACAUUACCAAAUCAGAAAAACCAAAUGUCAAUAUCCUCUACACAAAACGGGAAGGAUAUCUUUCAUAAAGUGUUUAAAUAUGUGAAAAGUAACUGGGAAAAUGAUGUUGAUUCAAGUGAUGAUACAUCAAAUGAUGUUCCGAAGGUUUUUGGUCUCGGAACUGUUUAUUCUUCUGCGGUUAUUUAUAGCGGCACUGCCAUUAUUUUAUUACUUACCUUGUUGCUAGGAGAGGGAUUUUCUCCGAGUGUUCUCACAGCUAUUUGUGGCAUAUACUGCUUUUUUGAGUUGUUCACGAUAUCGGUGAAAUUGUGCGGAGAAAGUGAUCUUUUACUUAACGGUCUGUUAACAGUGUGUUUGAUGAUGGGAAAUUAUUUUUAUGGGUUUGGACAUCAGGCAACGAUACCUGCUAUAAGGUUUGAAACAGCUUUUAUAGGUUUCAUUGGAGACUGGGAGAAUAAAAUCAUCCCUGCAUUUCUGAUUCACUGUAAUAUGUUUGCUGCGGAAAUAUUGUUUACAUUUUUAGUGCCAUUGUUAACACUCUUACCUUGUACGAAAGGUGUGAUUGCAGAAUACUUCUCAUUUUGGAGAGACAAUCAAGGCGGCAACUGGCGCGGUGAUUUCGUCAUGCAUGAAAACCAAAAAGUGUUCCGCCAUCUUCAAAUGAAGAUGUUUUUCUCAUUGUACCUUUUUCAUGGAUUAAAACUGACAUCCAGUAUUUUAGCAGCAGCUAUUCACAAGCGACAUCUAAUGGUAUGGAAGAUAUUUGUACCAAGAUUUGUAUACCAGGCAAUGUCAAGCUUCACUGUCUUUGCUGUGUCGAUCGUAGUCACUUUACUGCUUGCAAGAGUCAAUUCUUCUAUAACUAAAUGGGCAGCAAAAAUUAAACAAAAAUCUUAAUAAGCGCUGAAAAGCACAAACUUGAAGAACCCUCUUGUAACUGGUGUUUUAUAGUGCUACAAAAUAGAUGACUAAAUCAAAAUAACAUUCACUUUGCUAUAUAGAUACGGUAACUAAUUUAUAUACAGAGUCAUUACUUCCAACUAGUCUUGAUUGAGGUACAACACUUAAAAUAGGUGUAAAAAAAGGAAAUAAAAAUUUAUACAAUAGAUGUACCUGAGGUAACUGUUUGUUUAUAGAAUAGAAUAAACAACAUUAUAUAUUGAAUCUCUAAUAGACUAUUUGAAAAAUAUUUGUUCAUGGCAAAAAGAAAAUGAAGAGAUUUUAUUGAGAAGUUAUUCACCUACGACAAUAAUUCUGUUACGCUUCUUUAUCUAUUAAUACACCAUUAGUAUGUAAUACUGAUGAUACUUGCCCAGCUUUGGUCAGAAUCCAUGGAUAUAUGCCUGUCACCCUUGAAGAUAUCUAUUUAUAAUAUAGACUUACAUAGUAAAGAUGUCUUGAAAAUAUAAAUUUUAUAUAUACAUGUAAAUGAAGCAAAGGAAAGUUUGGUAAAUAUAUUGUAUAUUGCCAAAGAAAUGUUCACUAUAGGAGUCACAGGACUUUGUGACCUUGUUAUCCUCAAAACAUGUUCUGCUAAUGGACCACUACUCCUUUGAUAAAACGUUAUUAUAAGAGUUUCAGCAUUGUUAUUUUAGAUUUUGUUUACAUGAAAAAACUAAUUUGUAUGUUGCAUCAUUUUGCAAUUAUCAUGUAAAUGAUUAAAAUAAAUAAUUAAGUGAUCUGAGAGGAAUUUUUGUGAAAAAAAUAAAUAAAUGGUUUGGGCAUUAUUACUCAUUAUCAAAACAAAAUUGAUUGCCUCACAGGAUCAUGUCAGUAAAGGGAGGUAACUUAUAUUACUUUGUCAAUAAUCAAAUCAGAGUUAUCUCUUACAAUGUGUAAAUAGUUGCAUUAUUCUUACUUGUGUUUAUCAAAAAAUAUUGCUAUUAUAUAAAACCUUGGUGCAUGCUUGUAAUUGUA